AUGGAGGUGGCUGUGGAGAAGGCGGCGACGGCGGCCGCGGCCGCUUCGGCGGCGGCCGCCGGGGGGCCCUCGGCGGCGCCGAGCGGGGAGAACGAGGCCGAGAGUCGCCAGGGCCCUGACUCGGAGCGCGGAGGCGAGGCGGCCCGGCUCAACCUGUUGGACACUUGCGCCGUGUGCCACCAGAACAUCCAGAGCCGGGCGCCCAAGCUGCUGCCUUGCCUGCACUCCUUCUGCCAGCGCUGCCUGCCCGCGCCCCAGCGCUACCUCAUGCUGCCCGCGCCCAUGCUGGGCUCCGCCGAAACCCCGCCGCCCGUCCCCGCCCCCGGCUCGCCGGUCAGCGGCUCCUCGCCGUUCGCUACCCAAGUUGGAGUCAUUCGAUGUCCCGUUUGCAGCCAAGAGUGUGCAGAGAGACACAUCAUAGAUAACUUUUUUGUGAAGGACACUACUGAGGUUCCCAGCAGUACAGUAGAAAAGUCUAAUCAGGUAUGUACAAGCUGUGAGGACAAUGCAGAAGCUAAUGGGUUUUGUGUAGAAUGUGUUGAAUGGCUCUGCAAGACAUGCAUCAGAGCUCAUCAAAGGGUGAAAUUCACAAAAGACCACACUGUGAGACAAAAAGAGGAAGUAUCUCCAGAGGCAGUUGGUGUGACCAGUCAACGACCAGUAUUUUGUCCUUUUCAUAAGAAGGAGCAGCUGAAGCUUUACUGUGAAACAUGUGACAAACUGACGUGUCGGGAUUGCCAGUUACUAGAACAUAAAGAACAUAGAUACCAAUUUAUAGAAGAAGCUUUUCAGAAUCAGAAAGUGAUCAUAGAUACACUAAUCACCAAACUGAUGGAAAAAACAAAAUAUAUAAAAUUCACAGGAAAUCAGAUCCAAAACAGGAUAAUUGAAGUAAAUCAGAAUCAGAAGCAGGUGGAACAGGAUAUUAAAGUUGCCAUAUUUACAUUGAUGGUAGAAAUAAAUAAAAAAGGUAAAGCUUUACUGCAUCAGCUCGAGAGUCUUGCAAAAGAUCAUCGAAUGAAACUUAUGCAGCAGCAGCAGGAAGUGGCUGGACUUUCUAAACAAUUGGAACAUGUCAUGCAUUUUUCUAAAUGGGCCGUUUCCAGUGGCAGCAGCACAGCAUUACUUUAUAGCAAGCGACUGAUUACAUACCGGUUACGGCACCUCCUUCGAGCAAGGUGUGAUGCUUCCCCAGUGACCAACAAUACCAUCCAGUUUCACUGUGAUCCUAGUUUCUGGGCUCAAAAUAUAAUCAAUUUAGGUUCUUUAGUAAUUGAAGAUAAAGAGAGUCAACCACAAAUGCCUAAGCAGAAUCCUGUCGUGGAACAGAAUUCACAGCCACCAGGUGGUUUAUCUUCAAACCAGUUAUCCAAGUUUCCAACCCAGAUCAGCCUAGCUCAGUUACGACUCCAGCAUAUGCAGCAACAGGUAAUGGCUCAGAGGCAACAGGUGCAACGGAGGCCAGCACCUGUGGGUUUACCAAACCCUAGAAUGCAGGGGCCCAUCCAGCAACCUUCCAUCUCUCACCAGCAACCUCCUCCACGUUUGAUAAAUUUUCAGAAUCAUAGCCCCAAGCCCAAUGGACCAGUUCUCCCUCCUCAUCAUCAACAGCUAAGAUACCCAUCAAACCAGAAUACGCCACGACAAGCAAUGAAGCCCAACCCCUUGCAGAUGGCUUUCUUGGCUCAACAAGCCAUAAAACAGUGGCAGAUCAGCAGUGGGCAUGCAGCCCCCUCGACUGCCAACAGCACGUCCUCCACUCCCUCCAGCCCCACCAUUACUAGUGCAGCAGGGUAUGAUGCAAAGGCUUUCGGCUCACCUGUGAUUGAUUUGAGCUCACCGGUGGGAGGUCCCUACAAUCUUCCUUCUCUUCCAGAUAUUGACUGUUCAAGUACUAUUAUGCUGGACAACAUUGUGAGGAAAGAUACUAGUACCGAUCAUGGCCAGCCACGACCACCCUCAAACAGAACUGUCCAGUCACCGAAUUCAUCAGUGCCAUCUCCAGGCCUUGCAGGACCUGUUACUAUGACAAGUGUACAUCCGCCAAUACGUUCACCUAGUGCCUCCAGCGUUGGGAGCCGAGGAAGCUCUGGCUCUUCCAGCAAACCAGCAGGAGCUGAUUCUACACACAAAGUCCCAGUGGUCAUGUUGGAGCCAAUUCGAAUAAAACAAGAAAACAGUGGACCACCUGAAAAUUACGAUUUUCCUGUUGUAAUAGUGAAACAAGAAUCAGAUGAAGAAUCCAGGGCUCAAAAUACCAACUAUCCAAGAAGCAUACUCACCUCCCUGCUCCUAAAUAGCAGUCAGAGCUCUGCAUCUGAGGAGUCUGUGUUGAGAUCUGAUGCCCCUGACAGCACAGGAGAUCAACCUGGACUUCACCAGGAAAACUCUUCAAAUGGAAAGUCUGAGUGGCUAGAUGCCUCCCAGAAAUCACCUCUUCAUGUUGGGGAGACGAGGAAAGAGGAUGACCCCAAUGAGGACUGGUGUGCAGUUUGUCAGAAUGGAGGGGAACUCCUGUGCUGUGAAAAGUGUCCCAAAGUAUUCCAUCUCUCUUGUCACGUGCCCACUCUGGCAAAUUUUCCAAGUGGAGAAUGGAUCUGCACUUUCUGCCGAGACUUAUCUAAACCUGAAGUUGAAUAUGAUUGUGAUGCUCCCAUUCACAACUCAGAAAAAAGGAAAACUGAAGGCCUUGUCAAACUAACACCAAUAGAUAAAAGGAAGUGUGAACGCCUACUUUUAUUUCUUUACUGCCAUGAAAUGAGCCUGGCUUUUCAAGACCCAGUUCCUCUGACCGUGCCUGAUUAUUACAAAAUAAUUAAAAAUCCAAUGGACUUGUCAACCAUCAAGAAAAGACUACAAGAAGAUUAUUGCAUGUAUACAAAGCCUGAAGAUUUUGUAGCUGAUUUUAGAUUGAUCUUUCAGAACUGUGCUGAAUUCAAUGAGCCUGAUUCAGAAGUAGCCAAUGCUGGUAUAAAACUUGAAAGCUAUUUUGAAGAACUUCUGAAGAAUCUUUAUCCAGAAAAAAGGUUUCCUAAACUAGAAUUCAGGAAUGACUCAGAAGAUAAUAAAUUUAGUGAUGACUCAGAUGAUGACUUUGUACAGCCCCGGAAGAAACGCCUCAAGAGCAUAGAGGAACGCCAGUUGCUUAAAUAAGCACACCGGCCUGUGCUGGUUUUUAGAUUUUUGUUUGUUUUCAGAAUACAUUUUGCCACUAAUUUAACAUCAUUACCAAGAAGAGUUUGUGACCAUCUUAAGUUUUCAAUGUUUACUAGACUCUGAUUUCCUUAAUAACCCAUUUCUUUUAACCUUCUUAUUAAGAAAGAAAGGAAAAGAGGGAGGAAGGAAGGAGAAAGGAAGAAAGAAGCAUCAACAACAAAAUAAAAAGACACUCUUCCCACUUCCUGGAUUUCAAACUGCAGUCCCGAGUGACAGCUACUAUAGAAAGGACUUUGUAUGAACUCUAAGUUGAAAAUUUAAUGUGGUCUGGAUGUGUGCAUUAAUCCAUUUUUAGAAAAUACCACUACUCAAUUAUGGACCAACAUGAGUUAGGUGUACUGCAUGUAAGUACAGUACUCCAUGAAUGUCAGUGGUAAUAAGAGUUCUAUCCUAGAAUGCCCACUGGUGCACCAAGAAAGUAGACUAGAUGCUGUUUAAGAAGGUGCCUAAUAAGCAUAUCAUGUAAGAUGGCAACUGUAUUAAAGAAAAAGGAAAACAAAUGUUUGAUUUUUUUUUUUUAUCUGUAGAGGUGUUUGAUAUAGCAGGUUUUCAAGGCCAUGUUUCAUAUGUUUCUAAAACCUCUCCUUCUUCCACCAGGGAAGGAAGUAAGUGUACUUGUUUGGUUUUGCUGUGUGUCUAUGUGUGGACUGGUGUUUGCAUUUUAACUGUGCAGAUGACCUUUUUAUAACAAGGCUCAUUGUCUGCAGUAUGGCUUUUAGUGGAGCCAUCCAGAAUAUGAAAUACAGCAGUGUGUGCCAUAUU